CAGAUAAAAAUCCCUUCGAUCUCAAUCUCCGCUCUUUCAAAAUAUCAUCAAUUUGUUUGCGAUAAACUAUUACGGAAUAUCUUGGAUGAAGAUAAUGAAAGAAGACAAUCUGUAAAUACUGGUGAAAGAAAAGUUCAUAAACUAAAAAUUGACAAUUCAACAUUACGCGAUGCCGUGAAAAGUCGAGGUGGUGAUUUUGAAACAAAGGUCGUAGAGGAUUUGGAAAAAAGGUUAAGAGUAAUAGACUGCACUUUAGAUGAUCCAUCCAAAGCGCUUGUAACUUUACAAAAUGCUCAAGUAGGAGAAGUCUUGUAUCAAUUAAAAUUCGAUGUGCCAGAUGACUUACAUGAUCAUUUGAAGAUCAAGAAUGUUGUUAGGCUAAAGUCCUUUAUCCCAGAUUUCAUCGAAAUUGUUGAAGAAAAUGGUAAAAAACGUUUAGUGAUUUUGGAUGCAAAAUCAUCAAAAGGAACACGUGCUUCACAUCAACUACUUAACCCCCUUUAUCCGGUUUCUUCAAAGUUCCAAGUUGCUGCGUACGCAUAUCUCUUAAAAUAUCUUACCAAAGACAUGCCUCAUAUUUCAGUUUCUAAAAUUGGUGGAAUAUUUUUACCAAAAAAUGGUGGUGUGGAACUCCAAACGUUCCGUACGGAUUUCUUACUUUCAAAGAUUGAAAAAUUUUUAAUCACGGAUCUUGUAGAGAUAGCAACCGCUUCGGAAGUGUCAUGGCACUAUAACUCUCGAUGUAAAACAUGUGAAUUUGUAGAUGAUUGUCGUAGUGAUGCAAAAGGUUCAAUGGCCAUGAUCCCAUAUUUAUCCACAGACAAUGCGAAUUAUCUAAAAUUGUUUGUUAAGGACACAUGGAUUAAAGAAAAAAAAACCAAAAAAGACACAGCGAUUGAAGAUUUGGAAAACAUCAUUACCAUUGAUGAUAGUGAAUUAGAUGAACUCAUUCAAAAACUUAAGAAGAUUACUCCAAAUGAUUAUGUAGCUAAUCCAAAAUUACUACCGUUGAUUAAAGAUGACAAGGAUCGUCAAAUAGAUAUUGAAGAUUUGGCCGAUGACUUUAGUAAACUCAAAGUGAACAUUGAAGAUUUGGCUGAUUGUAUUGAUAAACUUAGCAUUGAUGACGAGAAAGUAACAGUAAAUGAUAGUACGGUUAAUCGAAGAAUAAAACAAAUUAUUAAAUAUAACAAAGAUCGCAAGAAAUCACCGUAUAUUGAUGCGUUUGAAACAGAAAAGGCUCAGUUUAUUGGUACGCCAACAGCAAGCUUUCCUCAAAAAACCGAUCAUAAUCUUGUAAUUACGAUGUCUAUAGAUCCUUUUGUCCUACUUCCUUUUAGUUGGGCUAUUUGUCUUUAUACUAGCGAUGGAAAAGUCAUAAAAAAAUUUCAAUAUGCUGAGUCUAUUUCCAAAUAUAAAGAUGAUGAGAAUCAAUCAGUAUUUAUCUCAUUGAUGGAUAAAUUUGUGACUCGCUUAACAAAGACAUUUGAGUUUCUUUCCCAGAAAAAAUCUCGAGCCUGUAUAUUUGUUUAUUCUGAACAGGAAAAAGCUAUGAUUCAAGAAUCAUUGCUUAAAAUAAUUCGUCUCGAUGGUAUUUCGGAAGCAAUUCAACAUACAACGACGCGAUGUCUUUUUAACUUAUUUGAAGAUUGUUCUCUUUUGAUGGCUGUCGGAAGUGAUAGUGAUAAUAGUUCAGAAAUUCCUGGCGAGUGGAGAGAGUUCCCAAGACUUGUUAUUCUAGAACAAUCUUUGAGUGAAAAUAUUGCAAUUUGUGUUCCUGGUUUUUACCGGUUUAUGGAUAUUUGGGAGCAAAUGGUAAAGCCUACUUUGGAAGACAAACAGGAGUUGCUGACCGCUUUAGAAUCCGAAAUUUCUAAAAUUGAUCUCGAAGAUAUCUAUGCGGCAUGGAUAUCUGAAAAUGUGAACGAGGAUGAAAUUAGCAAAUCUCAUUUGUUAAGGGCUGAGUUCGUUAAUGCUGUCAUUCAAGCAUUUUAUGCUCUUGUUUAUAAGUCAACGGGUGAUAUUGCAUCCAAGUUGUUAUUUUCACCACCGACAUUCGUUUUUUCCGAAAUUCGAUCUUUCUUUCACAAUUAUUUAGGGAAGUUGCAUUUCUUUAAACAAUUUGAAGCGGCCAUAACAUAUUCUCGAACUAAAGCAGUUCGAUUAAAAGAUUUUGCUCAAAAUGAAACUAAAAGUGGACUUCGUGUGAAGUUUGACAAAUUUAUGAAAAAAGAAAAUGGGGCUGGAUAUACAGCUCGGUUUAUUGUUUUAAACUGUGAUAAUGAAUUUCAUGUACUUGAACCAUCAGCUAUUAAAGAAUUCAUCUUAGUUGACGAUACUCCAGAGGGAAUUCUUGAAGCUAUCCGUUUUUCUGAUAUGAGAUAUAAAGAUAAAUUAUUUGGGGAUCCUAAUGCAUGGGGAUCCUCUCAGUCCGAAGAACAUACUUAUCCAAAGGAAUUAGAAGAGACUGCUUUGGGACUUCGAGAUUCCUUUUCUAUGUCUCCAUCUCAGAAAGAAAUAGCAGCAACGAUAUUGAAAAAAAGACUACAAAUUGUUUGGGGUCCACCAUCUACAGAAAACCAAAAUUUCAUGAUUGGAGUUACAGCAUUCACCAGAUCUGCAAUUGAUAACCUGUUGGAUCGUAUUGCUAAUGUGCAAAAAGAAGGAAAUAAAACGGGCGAUUUUACAAUAGUUCGAACGGUUAAAGAGUUUAAAAAUCCUAUCGAUGGCGUGAAUGAUUGCAAGGCUGAGACAUUGCCCAAGAAAAUCUCUGGUGGUAAACUCGGUAUUCCUGGUAAACCUAUUGUCGUAGGAGGUACAGUAUGGGACUGGUACAAGAUUCGCAAAGAAUGGAAAGGUGGACAAUGGGCAGAAUGUUUGAAUCCAACUAGUGGGAAGUUAAUUGUUGCUGGAGACCAUAUGAAUACGUAUCCCAUUUAUGGAGAUAACCACCCACUUAUUUUCGGAUCUAUUCAACAAUGUUUGAUGAGAAAGGAAGAUGGUUCUAUAUUUAAUAAUGGAGAUUAUUCAUUCCUUAAAAAAGGGCAAAAACAUGAUUUUGGUCCAUGCACACUUCAACUUAAAGAUAAUUGGCGAAUGAGUGGAGAAUUAAAUAAUUUCUUCCAAAAAAUAUAUGGUGGUGAUUAUAUUUCAAAACAACCUUCUUUGAAAUUGAAUUUCGAAGACGACAAAUUGCAGCACAUAGAUAAUCCAGAGAUAAGAAGAAUUUUGUCUCCUGAAACAGCAAUAGCAUUAGUAAAGUUAUCGUUAAAGAAUAACGACAAAGACAAUUCACAGUCUACCAUGUCCGGAUUACUUUCGGAAAGAGUUUUGCACGCAGAAGCAGAUGUUGUAGCCCAAAUAGUGAAGGCAUAUUUUGAUUCGCUUAGUAAGACCAAUCCACAGUCGCGUAAACCGUCAUUAUUUAUUGUCACACCGCAUCAUCGGCAACGACAAACCGUCCAAUCUCGACUUGUUGAAUAUACAUCUAAUCCUGGAUAUAAUUUAAAAAUCAACACUGUCGAAAAAAUGCAAGGACAAGAAGCGGACCUUGUUAUCACAUGUUUUACUUUUCUCGAUCAGAAUGAAAUUGUUCGAGAAUCUGAUUUCCUAUUCGACCGAAAUCGUUGGAAUGUGGCUAUAAGAAAAAAUAGAAGUAAAAGGAGAUUGGGAAUAAUUGAAUGGAAAAUUGACGGAAAUCCUGCAGAGAAUAAGAUUGAUUAA